AUGGCUGCUGCAGAGACUCCAGAUCCGCAGAGCCUGAAGUCAUGGCAGGAGGCGUUCCAGUAUCCUGUGCCCACCGUGCGGCGCGUCGAGCAGGAGCUGCGACGGGAUAUUGCCAGCAACAAAGAAAAGCUGCGUGCACUGGUCGGUAUGAGAUAUCGCGACCUCCUUGGAACAGCUGAGACGAUUGUCGAGAUGAGCGGAGAGAUCGAGCAGGUCGACUCGCAUUUGACGGACAUUGGGCGGAGAUGUAACCCCCGAUUGAUGGAGAAGAAAGCUGCGCAUCUCACUCAGGUUAAGCGGGAUGCAUCAGGGAUCGACGUAGAGAGUCGAGCUUUCGCAGCCCAGAUGGCCUUACAGCACCGUUGCAUCUCUGCAAUCUCGAGACUACUCAGAAAAAGUGCCGCUCCUCUACUCGUUGUCAAGAUAAUCGUCAUCGCCAGAUCGCUUGACAUAACUCUGUCGCAAAACAAAACAAAGCCACCGUUUCUGGAGACACUGCGGAACCAAUUGAUCUCCCUGAGAAGGACGAUUGUGAAGCGCAUCGAUCGUCGUCUUACCUCUGUGAAAUCUACAGCUGAUGAUAUUAUCGAGACACUGGCAGCGUUCUGCCUGGCAACUAGCUCGUCUUCCGAAGAUGCAAUUCGUCAUUUCCAUCGUGUUCGUCUGAACGCCAUUGCCGCGCAAUUGGACCUCUGCGAUCCUUCAGGCGCAAACAUCCUCAAGGCUCUAAGGCAGUAUAUUCGGACUCUCCAAAUCACCAAGACGCUGUUUUCGCGUCGACUCUCUGAUUCUCUGGGAAGGCUCAAGGCCCGGCCAAUUUUGACUGAUCCUGAUGUCAGGAAGCUGGACGAUCUGGACCUUGAAAUAUUCGAGCGUUGGGUGGCCAGCGACGUCAAGAACUUUACACCAUGGAUCAAACUCACCGACUUUCAGAAGUCUGACGCAGAGAAAUCGAUCAAACAGUGGUCGAAAGAAGCAUUUGAAAGCUUCAUGAAAGGCACACAGAAGUGCUUGAAGGAUUUCCACAAUUUCGCCGAAGUGAUCUUACUCCGCAAGCAAGCGUUCGAUAUAUGGCUCUCUGCUAGGAGCUCGACACCCACGCAUUCGUCUUUUAGCAUCUUGGAGGGUCUUCGCAAUCUGUUCAAUGGCCAGUUAACGGCGAUUAUACGCGCACAAGCAAGGAACCUGGACUCCAUUGGAAAGAAAGCCUCGUCACUGGUUACGGAUUGGGAUAAUAAAAAUCAUGACCCUGCCCAGUCACUUUGGGAUCCUGCUUUGACCUCGCUCGACUACUCAGGAGGUGCUUCAACUUUCAAACAGGCGGUUAUGGAUGUCCUGCUAGGCCGCGACUCUGAUAUCUCUAGCAUUGAGGAGAGCUACCAUGCUUGGAGGAGCUCAGUGGAGACUACCAGAAACUUGGUAGAGGAGCUAAAGCGAACGCGGUGGGAGGACACCUUUGACGAGGCAGAAGACGAGGACACGGCGGUCGACCCGGCAGCCCUUCUCAAUGAGGAUGAUCCUGCCGUUCUACGGGAAGAGCAGAAUUCUGCCGUUUCACAAGCCUUCGUCGACCUGCAAUCUUCCUUCCGCGAUAUUGCCAGAAGCUUCGGGGCCUCGAGCCAAAGUGAAAAGGCUGCAUUCAUGCUCCGACUCAUUAGAGAUAUCCGACGAGAUGCACCUGACGAUUAUCUCGAUGACAAUUUCAUUUUCGCGCAAGAAAUCGUGCCAGGACUGCAGGAGACUCUUGCUACUGCAGUUGCUUCGCAAGUCAAUCCAUUGACUAUCAAGCCGCAGCUAAGUGGACCAGGCCAAAAGGUUCCUGGCCGUACGCUCUGGAAAGGAGAACCCGAAUUACCAGUACAGCCUACCCCGGCGAUUUUCAAAUACCUCCGACGACUCAAUGCUGCCAUGGAUCACUACGGUCCCGAUCUAUGGAACCCUUCUUCUGUAGCAGUGUUGAAAACGACACUCGUCAAGCAUACAGCAGAGUCACUUCAAUCUACGUACAAGUCUCUAAGUGCCACGAAUGAAAGCGCACCAACUUCGAGUCCUCCCUCAGAUAACUCGAAUUCCGAAGACUCGGAAACCAAGGAACAGAGCUCUAAAUCCUCCGAGUCAAAUGAUCCAUCACCAUCUCCUCAGCUACUUCGCGACUGGAAGAUCCAACUCAUAUUCGACUCUAUAUACCUGCAGAAAGUCCUCGCGAUCAAGGAAGUCUCAGAAGGAUACAAGGAUGAAUUGUCUGCAGUCGCAGAGAAGAUCCAAGCCGACGUAGACCCGAAGAAAGAAUUCUCCAAGGGUCUAACGAAAGCUGCUCAGGAAUACUGGAAGCGCACUGAGUUGCUUUUCGGAUUGCUGGCUACUUCAUAG